CUAUUAAGAUCAUAGAGUGAAUUACUACGUUUUAGGGUAUUUUUAAAAUUUAUUACUGGAAUAGAGGAAGUAGACUAUUUCUUUCAUAAUUAUAUAGGUCUACUGUUGACAUUCAAUAUGGCGGCAUGUCGUCAGUGCUAUGCUGUGUUCUGCUUGUGUAACUGAAUACCGUACCAACCAACUAAAGUAACAAUCGAAAGGAAAUCAACAGAAAAGAAGAAUUGACAACCAGACACAAUCCAAACACUGCUAGCAUUGAAGACAUCUGAGGAUUUUGCUUAUUUUUCUAAUUAAUCUUAUUUACUACGUAGAUAUUAUCGUCGAUGAUAUUUUUGUGAACUGUGCAAACGCGUUAUUGUUUACUAUAACAAAUAAUAAUUAUUAAAUAUAUACGAAUAGUUAUGUCGGCUUAAAAAGUAAAAAAAAAUCUCUGUACAACAAGUGAGUUACGUAAAAACAUUUGUAAUAAACGUUAAUUCUAGACUCUAGGACGAGACUUGUGGAAAAAACGGAAUUGGGUUUUAUAAGUGAUUCUAUCCUAUAAAUAAUUAGUAUUUGGUAGUCAACGUCCGUUGUUCCUUUUUGUUGUGUAUUUGAUCGUGGAGAAACGUAGCUUUCAAGGAGAAAUAAAACAUUACUCGUAGUUAUCAGCGAAGUAUAACUUCUCUACCACAUUCUGUGAUCUGUGGUGGAUUGCUUAUACUUCGCUGGCAGUGUGUACAAAAGCGUCGUUCUAAGAUAGAAGUUUUCUGUGAUAAAUUAUUAUUAAUAACAUAUUUAUAUAUGUAUAUAUAUAAUACAUGUAAAAAGAAUACGAACUGAAAGUUUAGACUUGUUACAACUACGUAGCUGUGUAAUAAUAUUGUAAUAAUUUAUAAUACUUUUGUCGUGUGUAUCGAUAUCGAUUAUUAUAAUUUGUUGUUACCGACGAUAAAUUUUAUUAUACUAACAAGCAAGCAAAUUUCAAAGUAAACAUGUCAAAUAAUCCUCAGUGGAAGAAGUUCCAGCCGCCAUCAGACAUGAACACUGAUACGUCUUCUAUAAUUGAUUACAAAUCAAUGACACUGCAACAGAACAACAGUCCCUCUUCCAACAACUAUCACCACCACCACCAGCAGCAACAACAUAUGCAGCAGCAGCAGCAUCAUCACAGGAACAGCAGCGGCUACCAGUCGUCGAAAGACAUGAACAACAUGUAUUCGUCGUCGUCGUCGACCAAUUACAACAUGUACUCGCCGUCGCCAUCACCCGCCAACAACUCGCACUUUCCGCCAAUCACCACCUUCAACCCGGACGUCAACGACAUCUUCAACGGCCACGACAACGACUCAUCCUCUACCAACAACGCCAACGCCAACGCAUCCUACAACUCCGACUCUAGUCUCGGCAACCAGGGCACCAGAGAGACUGGCAUCAUUGAAAAAUUACUGCAUUCAUACGGAUUUAUUCAGUGCUGCGACCGACAAGCUCGCCUGUUCUUCCACUUCAGCCAGUUCAGUGGUAAAAUUGAUCAUUUAAAAAUUGGUGAUCCGGUAGAAUUUGAGAUGACUUACGACCGCCGAACCGGCAAACCAAUUGCAAGCACCGUCACCAAAAUAGCACCUGAUGUUGUUUUGAGUGAGGAACGAGUGACUGGGACAGUGACGACGGAGCUACGCAGUGAGGGCUCGGGAGGCGAUACCCAGGGCAGGAUCAGCUACGAGAAUCGCGGAGAGUGCUUCUUCCUGCCCUACAACAAGGACGACGUCGAGGGCAAUGUGACGUUGCGUUCUGGUGACAAAGUCAGCUUCCAGAUCGCCACCAAUCACAGAGGUAACCUGGGAGCCAGUCACGUGAGAUUGGAGAAUCCAGCUCAUCCAGUGAAGUACCAGGGCGUGGUGUGCUCAAUGAAGGAGUCCUUCGGAUUCAUUGAGAGAGCCGAUGUUGUCAAAGAGAUAUUCUUUCACUUUUCUGAAACUAGCACCAAGGAAGAACUGCAACUUGGAGACGAUGUCGAGUUUAUUAUUCAAACUAGAAACGGAAAAGAAGUGGCUUGCAAUAUUAUCAAGCUUCCACAAGGAUCAGUGGUGUUUGAGGACGUGGCCAACGAUAUAGUGAAAGGCCAGGUGCUGAAACCGCUGGAGAGGGGCAAUCAGGCCAGACACCAGAACGAUCCUCUGCCGGGAAAAAUACGCUACCGAGCGCCCGAUCACUCCGAAAAGGAAAUAUCGUUUGGAGACAAGGACCAAAGGGGAGAUUUCACAUUGAAGCACGGCGACUGGGUGCAGUUCGUAAUAGCCACCGAUCGACGCGAUCAGCUGCAGCGGGCUUCAUCGAUCGCACUGCUGCCCGAGUCAUUCGUGGUGUCCGGCGAACGACGAGAGCAGGGCAUCAUCGCCUCCAAGAAGGACGGCUACGGCUUUCUCAAGUCUGUCGAACGAGAACCGAAAAUAUUUUUUCGUUACUGCGAAGUUCUCGAUGUUGAUCGAGAAAUAAACGUCAAUGAUGAAGUGGAAUUCACUGUGGUUCAGGAUUCGACUUUAGCAUUCAACGCGUACAGUAGACAGAGUGCGAUUAGAAUAGUGCACCUGACGCCAGGAACAGUGCAGUUCGAGAUCGUGCAAGAGAGGAACGUGGCCGGUGUAGUCACCAAGGAGGCGCCCAGCAGUUGGCUGCCCAAGAGUCCAACCAAGAUAAUAAGCAAUAAUCAGUCACCUGGAAACGGAGAGAAGAAUCACGAAUUCGGUACAAUCUCAUACCAAAUGAAUGGAAUUAAGAAGACUAUUAACUAUUAUGCAAAAGACUGUGAUCCUAAAUGUACUCCACAUGUAGGAGAUAAAGUCGAAUUCAGCAUAUGCCAAGUUAAAAAGAACAAAGAAAUCAUAGCACUCGAUAUUAUUAUAAAAUCACAUAAUUCAACAAAGAAUGGAAUCAAUAAUCAACCAGUAUGUCAAGGCUUUAUUGCAGCUUUAAAAGAUGGAUUUGGUUUCAUCGAAGCGAUGUCUCACAAUCGAGAAGUAUUUUUUCGUUUUUGUAACUACGAAGGGGACAGUGAACAACUGGAGCUGGGCAUGGAGGUGGAGUACGUGGUGGGGGGGAAGGCUGCGUCGUCGGGCAGCUGCAUUUCGGCGGAAAGUGUGCGAACCCUGGAGGCAGGGAGCAUCGACCUGGGCGUCAGUGUGGGCGACGACAUCCUCGAAGGCAAGGUCAUUCGGCCCUUACGCUCCGUCAACCCCGACCAGACCGAGUACGCCGGGCUCAUCAAGACCAAUGCCGAAGACGAGAAUGGCGCCGAGUACGAGUUUGGAAUUACCAGUUUGGCCAAUAAGAGAGAAUUGCUGCAGUUGAAAGAUGCGGUCCAGUUUCAGGUGGACUCGAAUGGCAGGGCAGCCAAUGUGGUCGCCAUCAGAAAGAAGAGGAAAGCCACUGUCGAUGCUAUCAAAGGUGCGUUUGGUUUCCUGGCGUAUGAAGUUGAUGAUGGAAAGAAGUUAUUCUAUCAUACGUCAGAGGUACAGGACGGAGUUCAGCUUCAGCAAGGAGAUACGGUAGAGUUUGUUCUGAUCUAUAAUCACAGAACUGGCAAAUCGUCAGCAUGCAAUGUUACUAAAGUCAGUGCGGAGAAGGAGCAGAGACCGGAACGGCUGGUGAGUCGGCUGCGCACUAUAUCUCUGGAGGACGGUGGGCCAAAGCUGACAGUGACGAGGCAGCCGCGUGGCCCGGAUGGCACCAAGGGCUUUGCCGCCGACGUCAGGAUGCCUCGCAUCGCAGGGCUACUCCUCGAAUGAUUCCUAUUCUAAGCCGACUGAAAUGGGCCAGAAGAUUAUUACAAGUACCUCCUCAUCACAUCAUCAGUAUCCUAUCCUGCUUGUAAACUUAACCAAACCACUCUAGCUUCAUCUUGAUACAAUCUCUUUUUCUCCAAAAUUUUUCCCUCUUUUUCAUCAGUCUUUCUUUCUCAAAAAACUCCAAUUGGGAUUGGUAAUAAGUCAAAGUAAACUUGGUCCUCAAGGUUUUUAUUUUCAUUUUUCUGCUUGUAGAAAAUGCCUAAUAUGUCAAUCAUUGAACAAAGUUGAAAAUAAUUAUCUUAACUCCUAACUUUCAUUCGAUAGACUUGGGACUGUCUAUCCAAUGUAUACUUUAAAUAUCAUCUCAUUAUUAUUCGCCAUUAGCCGAAGAAUUUCUCAAAUUUGAUAUAUCUCAAAUGACCUAUUCCCUUCAAUAAAAUUCACGUAUAUUUCUUUCUAUAGAAACCUCUCAGCUAUUGAGCUGCUGAAAUAAUUUGUACUAGCCUAAUCAUCUUCUAGCCUAUUUUAAGUAUUCAAAUGGUUCAUGAUAAUAUGAUUUCUGCAAAAGGUUAAGCAAGUAAUACUCUUAUAACUGUAAUACUAUGAAUGGAUUCCUAUAACUUGGCAUUAUGUUGGUUUGAAUUGAACAAAAACAUUAAAGUAGUAUUAAAAUAUCUGCUCUAGUCAACAGGAAUGAUCAUGCAUAGUGAAAUAUGCCUUGACUACAAAGAUUGUUGAAUUUUUAACAGUAUUCCUUACUAUUUUAUCAUUUAAUAGUAAUUAUUUUAAGAAAUCACAUUGUAACACCUCAUUUGAAAGGCAACAUAUUUUUAUCUAAAAUUUAUUUUCUUCCCAUUGUUUUGUAGGUAACUAUUUUUAUUGUAUAUGUAAGUUAUGCUACAAAGUUGCUAUUGGAUAGUUUUAAUCAUAUGAUAUUUUUCAAUAAUUCUUGUACAAAAUAUCGCAUUCGAUAGAAAAAAAAUUCAAAUUACAUUCCUUGUGAACCGCUUGAUUUUUGAAAACUCGAUCAAUGUUGUACGUACACCAUUUCAGUUGAUUCAUUAUUGGUUUCUCCCCAUUACUUUCUUAGCAGCUUUAUUGCAUUAAACAAUACUUCGUCUAUUGAUUUUGUUGCAUCCAAAUUUAUGUUUCAAUUUUCACCUGAAUAGUUUUUAGAUGUAAUCAAUAGAAUAACACAUUUACUGUAUCUUCCAACGAUUCAAUUUAUUUUUGGUAAUAGUGUAUGUUUAAAUAGUAGUUUAGGGUAGAUUAUGUUUUCUUCUUUUAGUUUACAGUCCAUGACUGAAUUCAGAAUUUCAAUAACUACGACUAGUCUUAAAGUGAUUAAUUACUUAUUCAACCCUUAAUUAACAAUUGAACAUAAUUCCUUCUAGUUUUUACUGAGAUUUGAUCUUUCCAAUUUAAAUAUUUUGAAAUUAUGAAAUGCCGAAUAGUAUCUAAAUUUCUCGACGUCAUUCAUUUUUUACUUGAUGCUAGUUGUGAUCAUAGAAAUACUCAUUAGAUAUUGUAAUGUCAUUGGAUAAAACUGUUCAAUUUCAAACUUAUCUCUUUUAAAUAGUUGACUAAUGUUUAAGCGAUUCCCUCAUUUCUUAUUCUUAAUGAAUAUCAAACGGCAUUACUGUAUAAGUGUAGAAGUUAUUUUAUAUAUUGAUAUUAUUUUGUGAACAGGAAUAAUUUUUAAUGAAUGAGGAUAAUAGAUCUAUAAUUCUUUUUUCAACAUUUUUAAUAUAAUAGUAAUCCCCGUUGUUAUUGUGUAACUUGAAAGCAAUUUGUUCUAAAUAUUGAAAAAUGACAUAUUUUUUGUGAUUACUCGAAAAGUAAGAGUGUUUAGAUUCUUAUUGUGAUUGAUGAAUUGUGAGACUUAUUAAAUACUCUAUCAUAGGAAAUUAUUCAGAAACGUUUUAUUUCCGAAAGCCUGGAACAUAGAUGAUUCAUCAUUAAUCUUGUAAUCAAUUGUAUUCAACUUGAAUAUUAUAUUUUAAAUUAUUAUAACACCAAUAUUAUGUUAUAAGUAUAUUAUAAUUCAAUUUUUAAAAAGCUAGUCCUGAUUAAAUUGUAAUUAUAGUUGAACUUAUAAUAAAGUGACGCAAUGCUUCAAAAAAGUGUUGUAGUUUUGUAAACUGCUUCUUGACAAGCUUACUUGAUCUAGUCAAAUUACUGAGUGGAUCUUGGACGCAACUAUUUGAAAUGCAAUUACAAUAACAAUGUUGUAAUUAAAAUUACAAUUAAACUCUUGUAAUGAUAUCGAAAUCAUCGUAACUUAGGAAUUGGAAUUGAUCCAUCUAAGAUUCAAACUAUUAAUAAUUAUUGCCUUGCAACUGUAUGGUUAGUCUAAGUCCGAAGCUGUUAAUUUCUCUAAGCACAUGAAAUAUAUUAAUCUUAUUUAUUGUUGAAAUAAUAUACAGUAGUAGCAGCUCCAAAUUUACAAUAUAGCUUCUAAUAUAAUUAUUAUAAUAGGGCGGAUAUAAGAGCGGCAAAUGGUUUUUGUAACAUUAUUUGUUGAGUCGAGUCAUGAUGGAUUGAUAAACUUUCCAACUCACUAGUCGUAUCGACUAUUUAAUAUUGUAACACAAUUAUUUUCAUGAUGAUUAAAUUAAUUUCAAUUGUAAAGCUCAAUAUUUUACAAUAUAUUGACGCGAAUAAAAGUGAUUACAAUCGAAGCAAAUUAUUAAUUCAUAAUCAUAUUCUACAUCAUUAAAUAAAACUAUCAUUAGUUCUACUUGCCAAUCGAUAUUUUAUUUGACUCGUAUCAAGCUGAAAUCAAGAGCUUUUUUCAUGAGAAAUUUAUUAUAGUUGUAUCAAUCUUGACCCUGAAUCAUAACUAUGCUCCAUUACAUAGUAAUAUUUAUAGAUAUAAGUUCUUUCAUAGUUAUCAAUUAUUUAAUUGCAUUAAAAGGGCUCUAAUAGGGAAUCAAAUCAUUCAUUAAAUUUGGUCGAAUGAAUAUGUUACUAUACGAUUGAUUAUAUGCGUAAUGACUGUGUAAUGGAAAUGAUCUUGAUUGGUGGAACUCAGCAUUAAUUUUAGUUCAUUACGUUUGAAGAAUGAUAUUAGUGCAUAAUGGUAGACUGUAGUAUUUGUAUUCGCCAGUGCCUACAAUAUAAAUCACAUCCAGUUUGUAUUAAAAAAAUAUAUACCCAUAAUGCACCAUGAAUAAUAAAUUGUGUAACUAAUUUCUAUGUUAGUGUAAAUAGAUACUAUU